ACAAUACACACAUACACAUACCCAUAUUAUGAACUCUGCAGCUUGCUGGCCUGGCCUCCCAUUCGCAGCAGCAGCAGCACCCUUUACGCUCUCGCCGUAUAGCACGUAAGCGACGCAUGUGUAAGCCGUCUCCUCAAAAGGAGCCGUAUUGUCCGCCUCCAUUCGGUGCACUGUGCCUAGUGCAGAUCCCCAUCCAACUACCGGCAUCCCCCUUCGGGCAGCCAGUCCACUCCGUCGUCGCGCUGGCGACUCCUACUUCCUCUUCCACCACCCACACUCCUCCGCCACUCGCCGCCAGUCCAGGGCAGCGUUCUCCCAGCGUUGAGAGUGUCAGCACACCGCAGUCUGCCACUGGACAUCAAUACCCGAGCAGCAGCAGCAGUAGCUACGAUCCCCGCAAGCGCGCGCGAGAGGAUCAACCAUUCUUCCACUGGCACCGGACUGUCGCUGAGAGCCACGACAUCGCCGCCGACGAUUUCACCUCCGACGACCUGCUUUUUCCGCUCGACGACGACGACGAGCUCAACGACCUUCCUCUGUUCCCGACCGCGACGCCGUGGCCCGCAGACAUUGAUACAACCACCUUCACCACCACCUCCACCACCUCCACCAUGCCGACCGCGUCUCCCGCGAUCGACAUUGGCACCAGCCGACACUCGUCGAGCUCGCCGCGGACCCAGCAGUCUGCGCUGACGUCGCAAAUCCGAGAAUCCCACUCGCAAGAGCGUGACACAUCGAGCAUGGCGGCGCCCGCACUGCCCGACCAUGGACUCGACGUCAAGCAUCGACAGGAAUCCGUCAGCAUGCUCGGCACCACCCCCUAUGGCGCACGACAGAUUCCCGCAGGCGCACGACUCGAUCGCCGUGAGAGCAACUACCACAUGUCUAACAGUCUAGUGGGUGGAAUGUCGUGGGGAGGCAUUUCUAUGGGCAGCUUUAUCCGAGACGAUAUCAUCAUGGCCGGCACUUCACCGCACGGUGCUGGCAUGAAGUCCCCCUCGUUCCACUCAUCCUCAUAUCUUCCUAAGAUGGAGGCGAACUACAUGAAGGAUUACGUCUGCUGCGACAUCCACCUGGAUUCCAUGCACGAGCUGUUGCAGCACUACGAGGAGGCUCAUGCCGCCCAACCGACGCAGACAAUGGGACGAACGCCCAAAGAUCAGCAAUAUCCCAGUAGCAGAGCUGCCAAUGCCACUAGCACCGCACAAGCCGUUCAGCAGCAAGCGCAAAAGCAAAAUCCCAACAUGUCGCUGCACCCUUCCGUACAGCAGCAUCACCUGCCCACUCCAAUGUCGACCGCUUCCCCCAUGUUUGGUGCGCAACAUCAAGAUCACAUUGGUACUUUUGACAAUCUGGACGACAUGGACAUGGAUGAUGGGGCGCCCGCCCCCCAGGUGCACCACCCACAGUACCAGCCACAACCGCAAUUCGGGCGCCAACAGCCGCGAGGACCAUCCGUCAACGUGAAUCUCGCCAACGCAUUCCAGGGCCAAGGUCUGAAUUCGCAGACACCGACCACGCCACAUGCACCCCAGCAGAACAUGGGCUAUCCACACAAUCCGACAGUUUCCUCAGUCAACACGCCCAGUCUGACUGCGCAGAACCCUUCACAACAUACCUCUACUCCGGAUCCUUCACAGCCGAAUACACCGGCCGAGCUUGAUGCGGACUUUCUGGCUUCGAUGAGCAAUCUGAACAAUCACUAUGACAUGGACUCAUAUGACUGCAACGGCUACAGCGCCACCCACAUGACCCACGGUGGGUCAGCAACAAUCGAUAAUCCCGAAAAGCGGUUGCUCAGCAGACAAGGAUACGGCAAGGGCUUUCAGCAACAAAAUCCGGCGUUUAACGGUGCUCAGAACAGUGAGCUGGCCAAGCGUGUGCGCGAAAGUCAAUUGCUGAAUGGAUUAGCGGGCGCGGGCGGCUUCGUCGGCGAAGAGAUCAAGCCAUUUAAGUGCCCCGUCAUUGGCUGCGAAAAGGCAUAUAAGAAUCAGAACGGCCUGAAGUACCACAAGCAACACGGACAUCAAAAUCAGCAACUGAAGGAGAAUCCUGAUGGUACAUUCUCCAUUGUGGACCCCGCGACGUCGAUACCGUAUCCCGGUACGGUCGGGAUGGAGAAGGAGAAGCCGUACCGAUGCGAAGUGUGCGGCAAACGCUACAAGAAUCUGAACGGCCUCAAGUACCAUCGCCAGCACAGCCCACCAUGCAACCCCGAUCUUGCCAUUGUGCCUACCAGCAACAUGGCAGGUCUGCCCACGGGUAUGCAGAAUUUGAACGCCAAUGUUGCUGGGGCGGGUCUCGUGGGCAUGAACGAGGGCAUCGGCUAUUAGGGGGCGGAAAGGGGAGUAGCGUCUCGCUUUCAACUCCGAAGGUCGCCUGCGGCAUCGGAAAUGCCGUCGCGUAUUUUCCUUCUUUGCGUUCACCGCUCAGCACACUGCUGCCCACCCUUCUCGGCUCCGCAUGCACGACAGCUGCAGCUUUACACACUACUCUGGUUUGGAGACGGAUCGGCGUUUUGCAUCUUUCAACGAGUCACAAAAAUUGGGCGUUUUACUUUACUACACAUUGUUGGCAUGCAGUAUCGUUUCAGCAAGGCGUUCGGGAGCAUUUGGGAUGAUUCCUCCCCGUGGGUAUGGUUCACCUGGGAGAGAGAUACCUGGCUUCGCAAGGCCAAUCUUGCUAUGAUACCCCUCUAGAUCGGAUGGCCGAAAUUGGUUCUAUUUGCUUUUUUCUUUUUUCUCAGGUUUCGUUGGCCAUUGCAGUACGAUUUGGGCGUUGCAUUAUACAAUACGGUUCAGAUGACCACACUUUGCCUGGUAAGGCAUGGGUGGGCUGAACACACCGGAUGGAAAGGCCCUGUAAUUACUGAUUGCUCCCUUUUUAUAUAUAUAUAUCCC